GGGGGGGGUGUUCAGUGGAAGUCGUACGGGGUAAAAGUGUCUACUCUGCUACGCGCUACACGUAAAUACUAAUAGAAAACGUGGGGGAGGAACUUUCCAGAAGCUCCGAACGUGUGCGGCUCGGUUGCCAUGGCGACGCCGCGCCUGGUUCUCGUGCCUCCCGAUCCCCCCCCAAGGCUCCGUCUCGCGCCCUUUUCCUCACGAAGAAGUGCCGCACGUGGGGCCGCGGGUCCGGGGGGGGGCAAGGGGGUUCGGCGAGCUCCGCGUGUCGCGAACCAACCUGAUCUCGUCCCGCCGGUCGCGAGCGCGAAAAUGAAAGUGCGCUACCUCCUCCCCCCGCCCCCCAGCAGCGCGCUUGCUUCCGUCCUCGAGCCUUUCGCUCCUCCCCCACCUCCGAUCGACCCUCGCUCCGUUUGCCCCCCCGCAUCGCAUCGGCGCGAGCGGAGCGCGUGAAGACCGGCGGCGGCGUCUGACCGGCGCAACUGAACCUCCGACUCGAGGACCGCGAGCGCGUGACGGUGAGCGCUUUGAACCGGGAACCAGAGCCGCGGCUGGGUAGGCUCCUCGUGGUUGAUGUCAUCUGACCUUUGACCUUUGGGCCUCAUGCCUUCUAACAAGAGCAGGAAAUCGAGGGAGAGCUUGGGGGUCGUCUGCCAGGACUGCGGCGUCUCCUUCCGCCAACUGAAGCUCUACAAGCAACAUGCGAGGAGUGUGGAGCACAAGCAGCGACUGGAAACCUUGUUCGCGGCCGCGCCCCCCACCGGUCCAGUGCUCCUCCCCCACAUUGUGGUGCGCAUCAGGGCGGAGACCUCCGGGAUGGAGGAAGCUCCCCUCGGCCUCCACCUGGUCACCAUGUGCUACAGUUCGGGGAUCUCGGCUGAUCCCUUCUACCUGUGUCACAGCUGUCGGGAGAGAUGUUCCAACAACCUCAUCGUGAGGCACCUGAGCUCCGCGGAGCACCGCUUCUCCUACUUCGCCUCGGCGAAGCCGUAUCUGCUGACCUUCGGCUGGACUCCCCGGCCCGACCCGACGGCGGCGCUGAAGCCCGGCGUGGUCCUCAUGAAGAAGGACACGGGGCCCCUCAUGGUGACUCGACUCGGCGACGGGGGGGGGGGAAGAGCGGCCGUAAAAGACGUUGCCGCGCCAACGUGGCUCACGCUCUCUUUCUUUCAGAUACUGGAUGUGCCGAAGAAGCUGUUUGAGAGCAUGAGGAAGAGUCCCUAUUUUCAGAUUGUGAAGGACAUCUUGAGACAGAGGUUACCGGAGAAGCUCCAAGUGGAGAAGAGGCCCAGGGUCACGCUCAGGGACUUCGCUGAGCGUGAGAAGAGGACCCACCCCCUGCUCGGCCUCGGCUUCCUCGUGGAGUACGGCGAUGCCGCGCGCACCUGGCUCUGCGGCUACCUGUGUCUCCUGUGCGGCAGGAAGUUGCACCAGAACGAAGCGAUUGCACACCUCCUCGGGUUCGAGCACGUCUUCGCGGCCCUCAACCGGACGCUGCCCGGCUCCGUGGGCCACAAGGACCUGUUCCGACAGAGGGUCUCCCAGGAUUCCUCCCUGCUGCUGGAUCUGGCGCGGCAGGCGGCGCUGGCGGACAGCGCCCGGGAGCUCCAGGAGGUCAAGCUGGAUCCCGAGGACUUCGAGAAGGUCGACUCCUUGAGUUUCGAGAACGCCCUGGCGAAGCUGCAGGCCGUCUCGGGAGAGUGCGGCGAGAGCGCCCCCCGGCUGUCCGGAACCCCCGCGCCCGAACGGGCCCUGGUUCCCGGGGCAGAGGUGGGAGUCGAACCCGUGACGGAGCCCAAGAGCGCACCCACGGAGCGGGUUGGUGACGGUGUCGAUCGGGCGCCCGCUGGAGAUGAAGCGGUUGCCCCGCGGUCGAGCUCAGAGUCGCUGCUGGACGAGGACGAGCAGGAACUGCGGCGCUUCAUUGCGACGCCCCACAGGGUCGAACCCGUGGUCGGAGUGGGUGCCGUGCUGCGGUGCUGUGCCGAAAGUCGAACGCCGGUCUACGUGUGCAGGGCCUGCUGCGUGAAGAUGCCGCGGUCGACCGUGGUCGUUCACCUGUCGGGCUGCGAACACCGCUACCUCUACCUGAGGUGGCAGCACCCAGAGCUGCUGCGCCGCUACAAGUCCCAGAACCAGACCCAGGAGCUGGAGCUGAUGGCUGCGACCCUGAGGACCGCGGCGCAGGAGCUGGAGCAACUUGAGGGCUGUGGUGAAGUGCAGGUCCUGGAGCUGGACGCUGCUGCGUACGAAGACAUGCUUUCGAAGUCGCUCCCUGACGCCCUGGACACGCUACAGACGAGCUGGAGGGAAAGGUACGGGAACCAGAGCGAAGCCCCGUCCCUGCUGAACCCAGAGCGCGUGCUGGUUGCAGUCAAAGAGGAGAUGGUCGAGUGCAGCCUGUGUCCCGAAGAGCCCCGGCAGCUUCCGGAAGGUUCCGAGAUGGACUACGCCGGAGUCGGGCCCCACCCCCACCCCCCCUUUUCCGGAACAAACCCGGAGCGGAAAGACCCCAGCGUGGAGGCUACGGGAACACCUGUCCCCGAACCCACGUGUGCCCUGGACAAGAGGGGAGGCUCUGAAAUCCCAAGUCAGGCGUACAGAGCUCUGUGGAACCACCUGAAGAGCAAGUUGAGACGGCAGCCUGUUGUGGGCCUGAGGACCGUGGUGGAAUACCACGAGGACGGCGAGACGCCCUACUUCACGUGUGAGACGUGCAGCUUCAAGGUGCCUCAGGGCUUCGUCGUCGGCCACCUGAUCAGCGCCGAGCAUCGAUACAAAUACAUUAAAGCUCAGCACCCCAGGCUCCUCAACGGCUGGAAGGAGGAUCCCGACCUCACCGAGUACGAAGACGUCCUCGCGGCCAAAGCCAAGUUCCUGGAGUUGGCGGAGGGUUUGGGCCAAAUCCAGAUCAUGAGAAGGGGGAAGAACGGGUUCGAGCCAGUGCUGCUGCAGCCGACCGGAAGGGUAAAAGAGGAGCCUGAUGUGUUGAGUCCGGCAUCAUGCACCAUGGGGGAGAGCAAAGAGUGCGUGAAAGGAGAGUGCGGGGGAAGCCUGGUCGCCCCCCCAGCGGACGCGCUGGAUCCCGUCGGUGCAGCGGGUUCCACUGGGACGCUGUGUGUGAAGCAGACUCCAUGUCCAUCUUCCAAGGUGCUCUGGGAUUUCCUGAAGAGUCCCAAUAGGACGGAACCCGUAGUUGGUCUGAGCCUCAUGAUGCAGGUCUUCACCGAGGAUCAGCCCCCCCGCUACGUGUGUGAGCCGUGUCAGUUAAAGAUGUCCAAGGGCUUCAUCAUCAGCCACAUCAUCGGCGCCAGCCACCGUGUCGCCUACGUGAAGUCUCGGCACCCCGACCUCCUGGGAACGGCUGCGGCCCACAGCUCCGCGCGGCUGAAGGAGGCGAAGAUGAAGGCGGCGGCCAAGAGCUUGGAGCUCGCCGAGGGACCCGGCGAGAUGAAGAUCCUGAAGGUGGACCAGGAUGCGUACAAAGCUGUGGUCUCGGCUUCUUCUCGAGAAGCCAUCAAGCUGCUGCGAGCCAUUUGGGACCGGCAGAGCGGGUCGGGGUCGGCACCAGCACCGAGAGAGCGGCGGGAGCAGACGGAUUCUGUGACCGGGACACCCCUCCCUGGACCCGCAGCACCGGCCAAGCAGGCUGCUCCGCAAACAUCUACUCCGGGUUCCAGAAACGAGGAUCCCUCAGCAGAUGCGUGGCCUUACUGCGCUCCUCGCGCCAAGGCUCCUCGCUCCAUCUUCACCUCCAAGUACUCCUACCAGAAGCUGACCACCGCUCUCGGUCUGAGCGCUGUCGUCGAGUGCCAGCCUGCAAAGGGCUGUCCUUUCUACGUCUGCAAGCCCUGCUUGACGAAACUUGUCCAGGGAGAGAUCUUCAACCAUGUCAACAGCACGCGUCACCGCCUCGCUUACAUUAAAGAGCGACACUCGGCUCUCUUGACGAGCCAGGCGCCGUCCGCGGAUCGCUUCUGCACCCAGAGGCUGCUGAAGACCGAGGGUCCGGGAAGCAUCUUGGUCAUGAGACUGGACUUCGAGGACUAUCGGAGAGUGCACAGGAUGGCAGCGAAAGAAGCCCUGGAUGAGCUGUUGCUGAUCUGGAAAAAGCGGUUCCAGAGUGACCGUCAGCCUGGUGUGACCCCAGAGACUAUACAGGCAGAAAAGGAGACUCUGAUCCCGACCCCACAACCACCCAUACGAGAUGUGACCGACAAGGCGCCAGCUGGGGAGCCGACCCAAACGCCUCCUGAAAAAAAUCCGAUAGACCCUCAAGCUGUAAGGGAUCCGAGCCCGUCUGUACAUGUCGAGGGUCUGACCCUAAACCUGCCUGUAGCCGAGUACGUUUCGCCGGACGUACCCGAGGAACCGGGACCGAAGGCAGGUAGCGAGUCUCGCCGGAGGAGGGCGACGCUGCCGCCCCCAGCGCUGGACCCCCAGACCUUGCGGAGAAAGGGCGAGGGAGUCGAUGGGGAUGGGGCUGUAACCCGUACCGCGUGCAGAGAGCCACCAGCGGUGCGGGGCAGGAUUGCGAUGUCAUCGGGUGCAGGUGAUGCGCUGCGUGGCUUGUCGCCACCAGGUGGAGCGGCGGACGAGAGUCACCUGGCCAAGUUCCUGCUGCCGUUCCUGAGCACCAGGGAGGAGCCAGUCAUCGGUCUCAGCAAAGUGCUGGAGUGCCGCAGCUUCAAACAGCCCACCCUGUACCUGUGCCUGUGCUGCGAGGAGAAGGUGGACCACGUGAACAUCUGCAGACACGUCACCGGGAGGCGCCAUCGCUACUGCUGCAUAAAAUCGGAGCACCCCCACCUGCUCCAGAGCCUGGGCAACAGUCCUGAUGCGGACGGUCAGGCCGGACUGCUCGUGAAGCUCGCUGAGGUUGUGGAGUGCCGGGAGGGGAGGGGCCGGGCCCAGGUGCUGAAGUUGGACCCGCUGCUGUACCGGGAGGUGGUGACAGCCGAGUUUCAGACUGCCCUGGAAAAGCUGGAUGUGAGCAGAGCUCACACACAACGAGGAGUGUGUGUCCUGUGGAGAUCCUCAGCGCCGCUCAGCGGAGAUGUUCCUCCGGAGCCUGCAGGAGACCCUCAGACUGUGGAGGAGAUCUCGGCUCAGAGCCCAGAGGAACCAGCAGAAGGAGGAAGAGGAGGAGAAGGUGCUCACUGGUGUGAAGGAGCAGCGCUGUGCGAGCGAGAGGACACGGACGCGGCGAUGGGCCGGAGGGACCGCGCUCCGGUGCGGGGGCUGGAAGAACAGGUGGCCGCUCUGGGGGAGGAGUCGGCCGUCGUGGGCUUGCAGGCCGUGAUCGAGUGCCGGUGCGCGGAUGCCGAGUCGCGACCCUACAUCUACCUGUGCCAGGCGUGCUCGCUGAAGCUGGAGGAGGACUCGGUCCUGGAGCACGUUUGCAGCUCCCUGCACCUGUACCAUUACAUCUCGUCGUGGAGAUCCUGGGUGCUGGAGGCCGAGAAGAAGGCGAAGAAGCCUCUGUUUGGCAUCAGCGAGCUGCUCAAGGCGGCUGCAGCGCGGAUCAGGAGGAGCGAGGGCUGCGGGAGGCUCCAGGUGGUGCAGCUACCAGAGGGAGCUUUCGGCACGGUGGCGGAGAGCAGCUAUGAGCUCUGUAUGACUCUGGUGAAGGCGGGCAGCACUUCGGGAACGCUGGGUGAUCCCGCCCCCAGCGAGGUGGAACCAGGAGCCCAGGCUGCAGGACCCUCGGCGAGAGGCCCGGGCGGCUCGGGGUGCGACGACGAUCCCAGGGCCGUCGCGGCCCCUCGUCCUGCCGAGCCCCACCCCCCGAAGGGGGACUCCGAAGGCUCCCUGCUCUCGGCCAGAUGUUCGGACCAGAUCCCGGUCGCUUCCGCGUCGGCCGGCCGGGACCUUUGGACCGCAGCCUCAGGUGGCUCGAGCAUCUCAUGUGGUAACCAUGACAACUUGUCCCUCACAUUAGCUGGGUCCAGGUGUCGUGCAGGGGAUGGUACGCCCUCCAGCGAGGUGGAAAUUGUGGAACGUGUCUCCGGAGCUCACGGGCGGACCGUCAUCCCACAUGGUGUUCCUCCCGAAGACCGACAGACGAUCCGCGAUCAGAUCUUGGAGCUGAUUCUCCGUAAAGAGAUGAUCGACAAAGAGCUAAAGCUGUCGGGGGACCCCCAGGGGCCACAUGGUGUAAGAGCAGCAGAGAUGGCGCACUCCGGCAACAGGACCGCGGAGGACGGUCCACCAAGCGUGGUGACCACAGUGCCCCUAGGGGCCAGCGAAGAGCCGCAGAGCAGGUCCCUGAAAAGGAAGCGCCUAGAGGACGACGGCGACCCGUUCAGCUACGAGAACCGGCAGUUUCCCCAGUUGGGCCCCGGGGGUCCGGCCUGGGGCUGCCGUCCACUCGAGUGGCGGGUCCAGGACCAGCGUGUGGCCUCUAAGCUGCAGUCCACGGUUCAGCAGAGCUCGAUGAGGACCGUGAACAUAGAGGUGGAGACGCCACUCGGGUCGCCGUGGUCCGCCGUCCCCGGGCACCACUCCACCGUCACCGCCGUCGACGCGGCCGAGUCCAGCGUGCUGACCCGAGAGUCCCGCGUGCAAGUGGUACCGGGACCGAGCGCCGUCGCCCCGCUGCAGUACAGCCAGAGCAGCGUGUCAUCCACUAAACUCAGCAAGCAGAUACUGAGAGAAUGUUCCGGAAAGUUGUGGAUCCUGGAGAACUACCGGCACAGCACCGGUGGAGGGCUGCGGCUUCAUGGUCAGCCGGAAAUGACUGGUGCCCCGCAGAUGCGGGCAGCAGGGGAUGCGACCCCACUGGGAAGCGUGGGGAGUGUUUCUGACAGGAAGAGGCCCGGGGCGACGUCCUCCAGCUCUGAGCCGCGCCCUGCAAAGGUGCUGGUGCUCGACUCUGGAGCCACGGAGGUGAGUUCACCUGGGGGCAGCGCGGUUAAAGACACUGGAGGACAGAACGAGAAGCUGCUCUGAUGGACCCGGACUCCGCCCCCCGAAGACGGGCCAACGGCAGGCAGGGGCUCGAUCUGGAACUGCGCUCGAACCGCACGCGCGAAGAGCAGAAGAGUUAAUUGUGUCUUUUUGUUUUCUGACUUUAAUGAAAACGUUUUGAUUAAUAAAUGUUGUUUUGGGACCCAAA